AAAGCCAGCAGAGCAACGGAUGGCUGAGUUGUGGGGGAGGGGUUUUCCAUGGUUCUGAGGGAUGAGGGGAGAAGGAGAUGUGAUUUUUAUUUUGACACUGGGUCCCAUCCAAGUCUAGGGUAUGGUGAUAAAACCCCCACUCUAAGGACAGAAAGAGCUCAUUCAGGGAAGAGAUCCAAAGAGCUGUUGUUGGCUGCUGUUGCCAUAGGGAUAUCACAAAAUCAAUCCUGUCUUAGGGUCAUCGGCAGAGAAGGGGGGUCAUCUGAGAUCCCGGGGUUUCUCUGGGGGUGAGAGUCAAUUCUUCUGCAAGCAGCUUGUAGAGAUUUGGGGGUGAGACAGGGCCAUGUCAUCCAGAGGACGUGGGGCUGAGUAAAGGGGCUGAAGAUCAUAGGCCCUGCAUCAUUAACUGCUUCUCUCAAGUCAUGUGUGUGGCUGUAUCUCCAGCCACACUCCCUCCUGGAGAGUCAAGGCACCAUGGAUAAGGAGCAGAGAGAGUUUCCAUCCAGGGCUCCCCAGAUGGAAAGCUUGGGGUUUGGCCUCAGUCCCUCCCAUGUCAAGUUGGGGGUCUUCUUAUUGUUGGUGGAGUUCCUUCUUCCAAGUAUGUACUGUAUUCAGAGAUCAGUGUAUUUCUCUUUCUACGAAAUCAUCAUCCCCAGGAGACUGGCGAGCUGGAGGAGAGAAGACCAACCAGAGAAGAUGCACUACUCAUUCUUUAUGAAAGGGAGGUGGCAUGUCAUUAGCCUGAAGAGGAAAAGAGGGCUCUCUGUCCAAAAUUUCCCUGUCUACACCUAUUCCAAUGGGAUCCCAGGCCUGGACAUGCCUUUUAUCCAAGAUGAUUGCUACUAUGAUGGGUACCUAGUAGGUGACCACGGGUCCUUUGCAUCCAUCAGCACCUGCUCAGGACUCAAGGGAAUCCUGAUCAUCCAGACGAUUGCCUUCGGCAUCCUGCCAGUCAAAUCCUCCAAAAAAUUUGAACAUGCUGUGUAUCGCUUGUCUAAGGUAUCGCGUGAUGCCUGUGGGGUCAAGGAAAGGGAAAGCCAAGAGUCCUGGGCACGUGAGAAAGACCUCAACCCAAUGGAACUCUCCCCAGCACACUUCCCCUAUGCCUGGUCACACACUAAGUACUUGGAGAUCUUUAUAGUGGUGGACAACAUUCGGUUCCAGAUGUGGGACAGGAACGUGACCACAACCACUCAGACACUUAUGGAUGUCCUUGCUUUGGUCAACCAACGCAUGAAGCAGAUCAACUUAGAAGUAGUGUUGGCUGGGGUGGAGAUCUGGUCUGAGAGGGACCUAGUCCAGAUCUCCUGGGACCUUCAGGAAACACUCUAUGGCUUUAACCAAUGGCAAGCUUCAGAACUCCCCAAAAGGGCAAGGCACGAUGCUGCUCACCUGGUCACUGGGCAGGAUCUCGGGAGCCACCAAGGCCAGGCAUUCGUGGGGAGCAUCUGCACCUCUGGCAACAUGACAGGUGUGGAGGUCUUCCAUCAUGAAGAUGUACCUCGAUUUGCUGCCCUUCUGGCCCAUGAGCUGAGUCACAACCUGGGCAUGAAGCACGACCAUCCAGGCUGUACAUGCCCCAAUUCGCUCCUCUGUUCCAUGCAUAAUUCCAUCACCCUGGAGGGGAGCUUCAGCAACUGUAGUGUGGAAAACUUCUAUGAGAUGCUGGGCAGGAACAAAGGAAGCUGCCUGUACAACAAGCCCGAGCCAAGGAGCCCCUUUGGAAGGCAGUACUGCGGGAACAAGAUUGUGGAGGAAGGGGAGGCAUGUGACUGUGGCAGUCAUCGUGACUGUAUGAAGGACCCGUGCUGCCUGCCCUCAUGCCAACUGAAGAAAGGGACAGACUGCGCUUUUGGGCCCUGCUGUAGAAAAUGCAGGUUUACACAAGCAGCCACACCCUGUCGUCCUAGUGUGGAUGAGUGUGACCUCCCUGAAUACUGUAAUGGCACCUCAUUGUGGUGCCAGCCUGAUUCCUAUAAGCAAGAUGGUGCCCCAUGCAGGGGUGAAGGUUCCUGCUAUCAGGGGCGGUGCAGGAGCCUGCAGAGCCAAUGUGUGGAGGUGUUUGGGGAGGGCUCCAGAGCUGCCCCAGCCCGCUGCUAUCACAUGAACAGCCAGGGGGACCGGUUUGGGAACUGUGGCAGCAAGUGGCAAGGGCCAGUCAGGGCCUUUAUUAAGUGCCAACCCAAGGAUAUCCUGUGUGGGAGCUUGUAUUGUGAGAAUGUCCAGAGGCUUCGCCAUAUACAGAGCCACAACGCUCUCAUCCAGUUCCUCGUGGAAGACACAUGGUGCUGGGGGGCAGAUCUUCACAACUCCCUGGACAUCCCCAAUGGUGGCUUGGUGAAGGAUGGCACCUCGUGCGGCCCUCAGAAGAUCUGUAUCAACCAGUCAUGCCUGGAUGCUAGGGCCAUGCUCCUCCAUGACUGCAGCCUGGUCAGAUGUCAUGCAAGGGGGGUCUGUAACAACCUCAAAAACUGUCACUGUGAUUAUGGCUAUGGCCCACCCACAUGCACAUCCCAGGGCCACGGCGGCAGCCUGGACAGUGGUCCUUCCCCCAAGGUCAGGGUCAUCCACCAGAAGCUGGCUGCCCUGCUCUGGUUCCUGAUGGCCACUGCCCUGCUGCUCACACCCAUUGCCUUUGUGGGGAUUUGCUUUUGGUGGAAGAUAGAGAAGGCUAAGGACAAGGAGCGGGAGAUUCAGAAUAAUUCAGUGGGCAGAGAUGUCGGCUAGGCAUGAGCCCCCCAGCUUCAUAGGGCCCCUUCAUUUCUAUAAGUGCUUAUAACAGUCCAGCAGAGGGCAAGGUCAUCAGUCCCCAGCCUCCCCACAAGGGACUGGGCUCUGCUAGGAAAAUGGUAGCGCUUCCAAUUUCUUUUUCAAUUAAAAAUAAAUGAAGAUC